AUGCGUUUGCAGGUUGUCACUGCUGUGGCCAUCUGGGCUGUUGUCUCGGCCUGUCAGAGCCUUCCUGGCACUCGAACAAUUUGGUCUCGCGAUACCGACUAUAAAGAGCUCAGCGAGAAGCUAUCCCCCUCCGCCAAGGCUUACUAUCCUGGUUCGGAUGAUUUCGAGCAGGCUAACACUCGAUGGUCGAAUUUGGAAGUCCCCACUGUGAACAUUGUCAUCGUUCCUGGCACUGAGCACGAUGUCGUCGAGACAGUGAAAUUCGCCAACAAGAAAGGAUUGCCUUUCCUGGCUUGGAAUAGUGCCCAUGGAGCCAUCACCACCCUGGGACAAAUGGACAGCGGGAUCGAGAUCUACUUGGACCAGCUCAGUGGUGUCAAGAUCGCCGAGGAUGGCAAAACUGCUACCAUUGCUGGUGGAACCAAGUCUAAGCUGAUAACUGACACCCUGUGGGCUGCUGGAAAGCAGACUGUCACUGGUGCUUGCGAAUGUGUCGGCUACAUUGGACCCGCAUUGGGUGGUGGCCACGGCUGGCUUCAGGGCCGCCACGGUACUAUUGGUGACCAAUUUGAAUCUGCGAAUAUCGUGCUUGCCAACGGCACUCUUGCCACCAUCGACUCCAGCUCGGACCUUUGGUGGGCGAUCAAGGGUGCCGGCCACAACUUCGGCAUUGUCACCUCUGUCACCUCCAAGAUCUAUGACAUAGAGCACAAGGAUUGGGCCAUUGAGAUUCUCACAUUCAGCGGCUCAAAGGUCUCAGAUCUCUACGAGGCUGUCAACACUCAUCUCCUCAAGAACGGCACCCAGCCCACUGAUCUCAUCAACUGGUCCUACUGGGUUAACAUUCCCUCUGCAGAUGCUAAUAACCCCGUCAUCCAAAUUCUCAUUAUCCAAGAAGGAGUAAAGACCGUCGACUCCAGCUAUACUGCUCCCUUCCACUCCCUGAACCCCAUUACCAAAGAAGUUCACAACGGCAGCUACACCGAUCUCGCAAAAUGGGUCGGUAUCACCACGACUGAUGGACCCUGCCAGAAGAACGGAGCCAUGAACCCGCGGUUCCCCAUUUACCUCGAGACAUACAACGUCAACGCGCAGAAGAAAGCCUUCGAGACAUUCUCCGAGGCUAUCCGCGGCGAUUCUAUCUUCAACGGUUCCUUGUUCACCUUCGAUGGAUACUCCAUACAAGGUGUGAGGGCCAUCGACGAAAAGAGCACCGCUUUUGCCUUCCGUGAUCAAAACGUCCUCACCGCGCCUUUGAUCACCUACAUGCCUGACGGCCCCGAGCUGGAUGAGAAGGCCGCCAAGCUGGGCAACCAGCUCCGACAGAUUCUGCACGAAGGUACUGGACGCGAACAUAUCCCUGCCUAUGUUAACUAUGCCAAUGGCGAUGAGGGCCCAGAGCAGUGGUAUGGCAGUGAGACCUGGAGACAGAGCAAGUUGCAGAGUUUGAAGCAGAAGUAUGAUCCUCAUGGGAUGUUCAGCUUCUAUGGGCCCAUUGCUUAA